AUGACAUCCCAAAGAGAUAACUCAAUUCCUCAUGAGCUGCGUACAGCUGCAGAGCCCCGGCAAAAUAGACUACAUCCAGUGCGACUGUCGCACAUCGAACAGGUCAACCCCUCCGUUCGGCUACUACAGUUCGCUCUACCCCAAGAGAAUAAUGACACUAAUCAACAACCAUUCAGCUUCCUCCCCGGCCAAUGGCUUGAUGUCCAUAUUCCCUCCAUCUCCCAAGCCGGGGGCUUCACUAUCACCUCCACCCCAGCAGAUGCGCAAGUGCUACCGCCACCAGAGGCUUCCAAAGACUCAUUGGCUGGCGAGGCGCUAGAACCGUCUUCAGAGUCUCAAGGGCGCCCACCGUAUGUGGAGCUGGCUGUACAAGACUCUCCAGGCAAUCCAUCGGCCGCAUGGCUAUGGAGACCAAAGGAAGAGAUCCUAGGCAAGGAGCUAAAUAUCCGAGUUGGUGGAAGCUUCAUCUGGCCACCCACUGGAGUCAGUAUCAACGAUGUGCAGAAUGUGGUCUUCGUUGCGGGUGGUGUUGGCAUAAAUCCUCUGAUAUCCAUGCUCUCCCACCUAAACAACAACGAACCCCACACCCCCAACCCAACAACCAUCCGCUUUCUAUACUCCAGCCGUCUACCGAAAAACCGGGAAACAGUAUCGGCAGACGCAGUACUAGACCAGGUCCUGUUUCUUCCGCGUCUGCGCCAGAUAGUCCGAUCUCAAGAGAUUUCGCAUCGGCUUCGGAUCUCGCUAGACCUUUUCCUUACGAACUUGGGCUCAUCGCCUGAUCUGCUCUCAUCUGGGUCUCCUCCGGAUAUCAAAAUCCACCCAAGGAAGAUAUCUGAUCAAGAUCUGCGCUCUGCGGCCGUAGGUACAGAUGGUAAGUUGGAUUCUCGUGGCACGGUAUGCUAUGUAUGUGGACCGCCUGGUAUGAUUGAUUCCAUUGUGGAGAAGUUGGUUGAGAUUCUAGGCGAGGGCGGGGAGCAGCGAGUUUUCUUCGAAAAAUGGUGGUGA